UGGCUGUCACCGUCGCUCAUUGGACGCGAAUAGAAAAAAAUCUGUAGAGCUUCGGCUUGCGGCACAAUUCCCAAUUGUUAUUACCAGUGAAAAAAGGUUAAAUCGAUUCCACUUCGUCCUACUUUAUUGGUUAAAGUGCAUCAGAAAGUGUUCUCUCAGCAACGAACGAAACACGCAAAACGCAAUGCGCCGUAAAGCAAGUGGCGGUGUGAGCACACCGGAAAAAUCUACCCCACGCCGUUCGACCCGGGGCCGGGUCCGUCGGUCGCCGUCGAAAAGUCCCGAACCGGAGCCGGACACGGACGAGUACGCCGCCACGACCAGUGCGCAGGAUGAGGAGAAAAACAGUAGCUCCGAGGAGGAAACGACCAGCCGGAAGGGUGUUGGCCGGGGGCGCAGUGUACGCGGCCGCAGCACCCCUUCCCGGCGCAAGAAGGAAGAGACACCGCCGGCCCGCACCCGUCGCAACAGUCGGCGGGACAAAGAGUCGCAGGAGAAGACGAUUGUUGCGGAGCAGGUAGAGGAAAAUGGUGCCGAAAUGCAAACAGAGCAAACUGUUCAGCGCGAGGAGCAGAAGGAGAAGGAACAACCGCAAGAGGUGGUUGAUUCCGGUGCGUCCGAAGAGGUGAUGGAACCGAUUCCGGAAGAAACGCCGGAAGAGCUGCAUGAAACUGACGCGACCACGGCUGAACAGAAUGUGGCCCCAGACGAGCAAGACACCGGAAGCGAGACAGCGACGGCAUCCGCACGCGUCGAUGAUAGAGCGCAGAAGGAAAGGAGCGAGCGAAGCCCUCCGGCCAGGCAGGAUUCGGAGCCAGAGUCGAAGGCACCAGCGGCUGCCAGCGUAGAAAAGGUAAGUCAUACAAAUGGUGAUGAGGAAGAGGAGGAAGAAGAAGAAGUGAAGGAAGCAAAUAGAGACACCGAGAGACAGAAGACGGUGGAGCCGGAAGAUGCACGAGAUGAUAGCAAACCGGUCGUUAACAAUCGUUCUCGAACAAGGCAAGAAAGCGAUUCCAACGAAAGUGUCCCGGAAGAAGAGCAAAGAGCAGAGGAGGAUGAGGAGGAGGAUGAAAAGAUGGAGGAGAAAGCGGACUCAAGGCCGGCGAAAAGGGGCGAACGAGAGGUGCAACCGGAGGAACCGUCCGGUGGGGCGGAAGAAUCGAUGGAUGCGGCCACCUCAGGCACGGAGGAGGAAGCGAAAGAGGCUUCGUCGCGUCGCGACUCGCAUGAUGCUGUAGAGUCGAAUCGCAAGCAGAGAAACGAUUCAGAAACGGCACGCGAUCGUCGAUCGCCCGCUAAAGCGAAACACGAUUCGCCGCCCAGCAAAGAAGACGCGAACGAAGAGGAGCUGGAAGCGGGUGAAAUAAAGGACACCGACCAGCAAGGUACGGCGGAACAGCAGCAGCAACAGCAGCAGUGCCCCAAGGAGGAGGGUGCGGCACUGGAGGCGCCAAAGAUUCGCCCGCUGCAGCGCAAACGUCGCUGGCUGUCGUCGAAGAGUGCCGACGCGAAACCGGCCGUCAUUACCAUCUCGACGGACUCGCUGAAGAACAUCAUUUCCGACGUGAAGCCCGUCCCGCUGGCGGACGUGAAGCUGGACUCGUCGUCCGAGCCGGAGGGUGCCGACGAUGCGCCGAGCGCGGACGAGAACGAAAAGGACCGUGUCAAGCGCAAGGUGCGCGAGGUGAACGAACCGGUCACGCAGCAGCAACCGCAGCAGCAGCCGCAGCAGCUCGCACCGUUGCCACAGCGACGCCGGCCAUCGGCGGAGAAGGAAAACAUCGCCACCGACGAGGCGGCGGACGUUGAGACGAACAAUGGUGACGGAGCGGGGGUGAAGCAGAAGCCGGUCGGCGAAAAGAUUGCCCUCACGCGCAAGAUCAGCAUCGUGAGCGAUGAUGGUAGCACGGUCAGCACAAAGGCACCGGUCGUGCGGCCCCCCAGCCCGGCCAAGCAUCUGACGAGCAAUAUCCUGUACAUUACGAACCUGGUGCGCCCGUUCACGGUGCUGCAGCUGAAGGGGCUGCUGGCACGGACUGGCAAGAUCGUGGAGAAUGGGUUCUGGAUCGACAAGAUCAAAUCCAAGUGCUACGUCAAGUACGAAACGGAAGACGAAGCUACGGAAACACGUCACGCACUGCACGGCAUCCGUUGGCCAGUGUCGAAUCCGAAAUGUUUGGUGGUGGAUUUCGGCAGCGAGGAGGCAAUGGACAAGGCGAUACUUUCCACGCUGGAAGAUGGUGCGCUUCGUGCGACGGUCGAGGGGGCGAAGGAUGGGAAAGAGUUUGGCUGGUCGCGUGAUGCAGUCAAAAAGGAGGAGACGGUACGUCGCGUACGCGAGUGGGAUCUCGGCAAGAAGGAUGCGUUUGAUCCGGAGCGAGAUGUCAGAGGAGGGCGCGACGCGGCAGGACUGGCCGACAAGGACAAGCUGGGUGCCGAUAGGGCCGGGCGUGAACGUGGGCGUGAGAUCGAGGAAGAGCACCGUGAUGGACGUGGAAACCGGCUCGACGGACCACCUGGUGACCGUAGUUUAGAUCGGGGCAAACGUUCCGCGGAACGUGAGUUUGGACGAGAGAGACGGCGCAGCACCAGCGUAUCACCAGCGAGAAAGUUCAAGAAGAAGGAAAACGAACCACCGAUCAGGCUGCUCGAUGAUUUGUUCCGAAAAACGAAAACCACACCGUGCAUAUACUGGUUGCCGCUCACAACGGAACAGAUCGCCAUCAAGGAGGAGCAGCGGCGCAAGAACAUGGCCGAACAUUUGCGCCGCGUCGAGGAGCAGCGCAAGCAGGAGGAAGAGCGUGACCGCGAGCGGAAGCGCGAACGGGAGCGGCGCGACCGCGAACGUGAGCGCGAGCGCGAGCGGGACCGUGAGCGCGAACGCUACCGCGAGCCCGAUCGUGACCGCGAUCGCCGUCGGUCGCGCUCCCGCGAACGCAGCCGCGACGAUGGUGGCCGUCGCCGGCACAGAUAAGAACUUUCCCACAGUCUCUAGCAGUCGCCGCCGCCGCGUGCUCGUUUUUUCUUUCUUCUUCUCUCGUUUCGAGACUUUUUGAGCACCACCAAUAAUAGUGGGGGAGGGAAUGGAAAAGAGCCCGAGGGGGAGGGGGCAAAACGGGGCGCCAUGUUUGUGGGGUGCUUUGGUUUCUCGUUUUCGAUGGUGGUACAUCCUUCUAGAAUGUAGAAUAUCUUGACUCCUUAGGAAUAUAUUUCAUAUUCUUACGAACUGCACCGAUAGAAGAUCUUGAAGAAGAAUUCGAUCAAUCGCCACAAAUCGGGGAGGGGAAUGAAUGCGAGAAUGGGAAAGCCAUGGAUGGAGACGGAGAGUAUAAGCACAAUAAGUAUGCCCUCUUCAUCCCAUCUGGCACCACGAGUAUGUAUGUAUAUGAGCGUGUGUUUGUGGGUAUGUGUGUAUUUUGUGUGUAAGUGUUGCUAGUGUGGCAUAUCUUGUCUAUCAUGUUGUGCAUUCGGGGUUUCAACUUUUCUGACCUGAAAGCGUGGAAAACAGGUUCGCAAAUGUUAGGACUUUGAUUGAAACACAAAAUGCUCUUUUUAAGCAUUCAGUAAACACGAAACACGAACAUUUCAGUUCAUUGUAUUAGUUUGUAGUCAUAUUUUAAGAAUUCACACUAUUGUACUACCCAUUUUAAGGUGUGUAUGUUUGUGUGUGUGGUAUGAUUAGCACUUUCGACAUUCAGUCGAAGGCCACAUCCGAUGCCCCCAACCUGCUCUUUUCUAUCUGUCUUCUCCUCCCCUUUGACGUUUGAACUCACUAGUACAGUAAGGACAGUCUUUUGGCAUCUUUUGAAUUUGAAUAUUUUUCCCCGCCCGUAUCCAAUAACCCAAUAUCCAAUCGCUCCCUUGAAGCUUCGCGUCGUGCGAUUUUGACAACUGCACAACAAACGGAAACGCGCUAAAGCGAAAGGGGUCAAUCCAUACAACACGAAAAGGGGUCAUUACAAAAUAAUAACUGUAACUGUAGUAACACACCCGGGGUUUGAUGCAGCUUACUAACUGAUCGGAUCAUACGUAACCAUGUGGCGAUUGCAAAUGAUGAUGAUGAUGAUGAUGCUACACAAUAUUUUAGAGAUACAGACGCAUACUUUCGUCUCAGCCAUUGGAGAGAGAGAGAGGCCUCUCCGGAACGCCGCACCGACAACGGGCGUAGCUUUGAGGUGGUAGAAUUAUGAGAAGAGAGUGAUAGAGGAGGUGGUAGAGAGCUAAAAAAAGAGGAGCAAGGUUCGUGCAGCUACAACCGACUUCUCCCCCACUUCAUCUUGCUGCGUCAACCCGGACACCACCAGUUUCCAGCUUCGUGGCGGACGUGUGGAUCAAUCAGUGAAUCGUCGGCCGAGGUACAAGGACAUCUCUGGUUAGCAGUGGUACUCUCUAUUUUACCCAUUUCUGCUGCACCAUGUACUCCCGUGGAAUUAAGGAAUUCAGGAUGAUCUACGACAUUACAGAUAAGGUCAUGAUUUAUCAAACAACUACUGCUCUUCUCUGUAGCUUAUCUUCUUAAUUGGUGAGCGUAAAGCGUGUUCUGGGAAACAUAAUCUUGCUCUCGGUUAGAAGGCCUAACGCGAAAGGACGCCAGAACCAUCGACUAACUUCUACUCCCCAAAACGUUCCGUUUCCGUCACAUGAGAUGCUCUCAGCCGUACGUCCUUAACAUCUUUACCAAAUAGAACAAGCAAACAAACAAAAAGAAAUAAGAUCAUUUAGCUCGAUACUGGCCGGCUGGUUGGUUCUUUCCGGAAAUGAAUUAAACUAUUAACGAACUGUAAAAUAGCAUGAAAUACACUUUUUACUGUCAAAAGAAA